AUGACGAAGCGCGGGCAGCAGCAGCGCGGCAAGGGCCGCAGUGCCAGCGGCCGCGCCAGUGCUGGACCCCGGCUCGUCGACAAGAACGCGCUGUCGGCGCGCGGCGGCGGGCCCUCGCGCCAGUCGCGCUCUCCCUCACCGGACUCGCCGCCCGCCAAGCGGGCGUCCUCCGCCGACUCCUCCGGCUAUGACACGGAUCUACCGGACGAGGUGCAGCAGGAGGCGGUCCGCAGGGUCUGCGGCGCGCUCGGCCUGAAGGAGCAGUACGACGCGGCGGUGGCGGCGGGAGAGCUGCUCGAGCUGCUCGAGAGCCUGCCGCGAGGGACAGUCGAGGCCUCCAUCCGGCUCAUGCGGGGAUACACCCGCACGGGCGAGUGGCCCGAGCCCAUCCUACCCAGCCCUGCCCCGGAGCGCGGCCGAUCGCCUAGAAGCCCCUCUGAUGAGUGGUCAGAUGAAUAG